AUGACACGGAGUGCGACUGAUACCUCUUCGGGCACGUCCACGACGUCGUUCCACACUACAACAGGGUCCAGCACUACAUCGUUGACGACUACGCUCACGACAAUCACAGAGACCAGCAUUACGGAGUCCAGCAUUACGGAGUCUAGCAUUACGGAGUCAAUGACCACAUGGACGGCCACCCCGAGGCGGUUCUCCACCAUCAAGUCUCAGUUUGGGGUUGAUCUGGACUCCACCGUCACACAGGCGCAAGUGGAGAUCGUUGCGCAGUCCUCCAUUGCGACGUACUUGGAGACAAGCGAGUCUUUGAUCACCAUAGACGACGUGUAUGAGGUCAUUUUACGACGCCGUCCUGUUGCGGAGAGGAAGCUCACUUCGGCCGCCACGUUGUGGCAUGUGGAUUAUCGCGUCGAAUUUGAGGGGGUGGACUACGAGCGCGUCCAGCGCGCCGUGGCCUCAAUCGAGAACGAUACAGUGGCAGGCCAGACAAAUUUUACCACUGCGAUCCUGGCAUCGUUGGCCAAUGAGGGCAUAAACUCAUCAGUGCACGUGAGGUACGUUUUCGAUCCUGUCGUGGAGCUUUGGAUGUACACCACGGCAACCCUCACAUCGACGUCAAUGACGACGACAUCGUCAACGACAUGCUGCGUGUGCCCAUGGCCAGACGUCGACCCCGUUCCCAUACAGGUCGCGGGACCUGACUUUGACACCAUCUCCAGCCUGCAUGACCUGCUCCGCAUCGAGUGCACAGGAUUCAAGUGGGGCGACAUUUGCACUCCAGUCUGCGCGGAGGGCUACCACGUUGAAGAAACGCUCCUCUGCAGCAGCGUCACCGAGAACGGGGCGAUCCUCGUAGACGGGGAGUGGCAGGGGACCGCCAGGUGCGAGCCCAACGUCUGCGUUGGAAGCCCACAACUUGAGAUGCCGGUCGGCUACGACGGCGUGGACACGGGUUGCUCGGACAGGAAUUACACGCAGACGUGCAACGUCUCGUGUUCGGUGGACGAUGGCUACGAAAAUCUGGCGGACCCUAUAUCAAUCGAGUGCACGGCCACGACGGCCUACGCAUGGGUCAACACCACGGGAGCUUGCACAGAGAAAGCCUGUUACGCAGACACUGUGCCGUUCAUUGCGAACGUGGUCGACAGUUCGUCUUGUAUCAACAUCGCCAGCGGCGUGAGUUGUUCGCCCGUGUGCAACUCGUCAUACGAGCUCCUUGCUCCCAUCAACUGCACGAGGGGCGCUUUCGACCUGGUCCCGCUGGUCUGCGUGCCGACUGCGGAUGUAGAGGCGCUCGACUCGGCAGUAGGCCUCGUCGUGGAGGCGGCGCUCGUCGGCAGCAGCCCGGGCUCGGACCUCACCGCCGAGUGGGCCGCAGGCAGUGAGCAGUGGCAAGCGAUCAAGGGCGCUUUCGGCGCGGUACUCGGCCUGUCCACUGGCCAGAUCUACGUGUACACGAUUAAGGGCCUGAACUCGGAUUACCAGUCUGGCCUCCCAUCGAGGCGUCUGACGACGUCGCAGGGGUUGUGGAUGCGGCUUCUGUUCCAAGUGUACCCCACAAACAGCGAGACGACCAUCGCGAGUGGUCUGGCAAGCCUGGGUGCGGACGGGGGCAACUUCACCCGCGAGCUGGUUGCGGCUCUGCGGGAUGCGCACGCCGUCGUCCCACAGGGCCUCGCCGCGGCCACGCUCGUUGUCGGGACGCCAGCUUCCACCGUCGUGACCGUCCCCGUGGCACGCUGGGUGGCGCGCGGCACCUGGUCGGCCUGCACCAACCCGUGCGGCAAGGGGGAGCAGACCCGCACAGUGCGCUGCCUGACCGGCUUCGAGGAGCUGUGCAACGCGAACGCCGCGCCAGGCUACACCAAGGAGUCGUUCAUGCCUGACACGAGAGACUGCGAGACGUACAUCUCGUGCCCCUACGACUGGAGCUGCCCCUCGGGCGGGGACCCGGUCACUGGCGAGGGCUGCGAAGCGCAGGCCUCUGUCGUGAUGGGCUCGAUCGUCGUCUCGUUCUUCCUUGUGUGCUGCUGCUGCGUCCGGUACGUCCGGAGGAUGAUCGUGCUGCCCACGAGAGGUUUUGUGGGCGUCCGGCUGGGCCGCGAUGGCGCGAAGGUUGACAUCGAGUGGACGAGGGAUGACGGGAUCGUCGGCGAGGACGGCCAUCAGAAACCGAGAUUGAGUUACAAUCUCGGCCCAGACGAGAUGGCCCAGUUCUACGAGGACCGCGAGCGCGCGCCCGGCUGCGCCACCCUGAUCCCGUGGGACGAAGCGGAGGAUCCGAUCGGGCCCGUGGACCUCGACUUCAGCGGCACGGUUGACUUUGAGAUGCAGCUAACAGUGAGGACCUUGGCUAAGGAUUCGCUGGUGAUCGGGAAGGUCUUCCCCGACGGCGAGACGCCGUACGGCAGCGGCAAGCCGAAGGCCCUGGUGAUCAAGAACGGCGUCCCCGCCUGGCAGAUCGGCGACAAGUGCAUCACCGGCCAAACGAACGUCGCCGACGGCUACCAGCACGAGCUCUCGGUCAAAUACAGCACGAGCCAGGACGCGUACAUUCUCGAGGUCGAUGGUGUGGUGGAGGCCGAAUGGCGGGGCGCCGUCGUCGACCAUCCAGACACGAAGCUUUGCCUGGGCACCUCGUGCGCGCCGAGGAACGACAAGUUCAACGAGCUGUACGAGGACCUCGAAGAACUGCACAUCGCUGGCAUCGAGGUGCAUCCGCUGGAGGAGCGGGGGGGCGAGCCCCUCUUCGACGGCGACAUCGACGAGCUCACCUGGAAGGAGUACAGGUGGAACAAGAACCUCGGCAGGAUGGCCUGGUUCGCGUAUGAGCUAAGCGUGGAGGCCGAAGAAGCGAUUGGCACGGUGAUGAAGCAGCGGGCGACCGCCUGGGCGCCUCUGGUGCCCUUAGUCGAGGUGCCCUCGGUGAGCGCGUCCCACAUUGCGUUCGAGAAAGGCCAGACAGUGGAGUACUGGUCGAAAACCAUGCAGGCAUGGAUUCCAGCCAGAAUCGUCGAUUUCAAGCACGUUUACUUCGACAAGGACCUCGAGAUCAACAUGAUCAAAUUCAGCGUGAACGUGAUGUCGGCGGGCCAGGUGAUGCCCAAGGUCGAGAUGAAGUACUUGCGCCUGCCAUUGAAUGCAGGUGAACCAGUAUGCAUAUUUUCCCCGAUGCAUGGGAAGUGGUUCCCAGCCGUGGUUAGCAAGUCGAGGGAGGUCUUUGACGCACGGCUCGGUUACGACGUCACGCUGGAGGACCGGCUGGCCGACGACGGAGAGACGUUUGUCAAGACCGAGCUGCAGCGAGACCUGGAGAAGUACUACAGGGACCGGAGAGAUCGCGAGAGGGCGGAGGGCGGGUAUAUACCCGAGCGGCGGAGCCUGCAGCCGGAGGAGAGCAGAGACGGUGUGCCCACGCUGAAGAGCAUGCCGGCCAAGCGCCUGCGGAGACGCUACACCAGGGGAGACCUCGUGAGCGUGUACAGGGGCGUCGACGUAGGUUUCACGACGGCCGAGGUCGUCCGAGAGAUGGACACGGCAGAGCAGGGCCUUCGCGCGGAGCCGGAGCAGGCGGUGCGGGGGAAGAGGGCAACGCCAUCCCCGAGGAGUAGUUUGGCCACAGAUGGCGAAGAGGACAUGCGCAGGUUGGAACGCGAGCUCGACCGCAAACUGGCCGGGAUGCCAGCCAAGCAGCUUCCGCAGGAUGCCCAGCCGAGACUUUCGAGAUCUUCUCAGAGACUUUCGAGAUCUUCUGGCAGUGACCACGAGGAUGAAGCAAGUGGCGCAGCCACGAAGAAGACGAAGAACAAGGCGAAGGCGAGCGCCAGCGAUCAUCGCCACGCGACGAUCGUCAUCAGGCCCGUCAGCCACCCCCAGGAGUCCAAGCGCGGGGGCGGCAGCGAGGGUGCCGUCGCCAUGCCAGGAGACACCGAGAUCCAGGUACCCGAGUUCCUGUUGCGCCCGAUGCCGCGCCGGAUCAGCGACCAGCAAGAGGACCGUUCGAGAUCGUUGGCUGCGGGAGUGCUGUCGUCCCUGCGGCGCCUCGCGCCGCAGGCGGCGCCCCCGGCCCCCCCGACGCUGGCGGGGCCCCCGCGCUCCGCCGGCGCGUCGCCGCAGCCGCCGCCCCCGGAGGAGCUCCUCGACGUCUGA